GCAGAAGCCUGCCCAUGGAAGGCGUGCUUAAAUUGAUGCAAUCUAAGAUACACAGCACCAGAAGUGACAUGAACCGAGCUGAAGAUCAAACCAGCUGAGCUUCAACUGUGUUUGGCCAAUAAUUUUAUUUUAAGUGUGAAGCCCAUAAAUCACACUCCAAUACACACUGGACAGUGAAGAGUCCUGGCAGAUUAGACAUCAGCCACAGGAGAAAUCACAUCCGGAUCCAGGAAAGCCGGGUGCUGCUGGAGCAAUCAGGCGUUUUCGUUUCAUGUCAUCAUGGUUUUUUGAAGAGCCCUCACUACACAGUAGGACCCCAGUCUCUGGAGCAAGGACUAAUUGGACGGAUAAAGGUUUAGAGGAGCAGGUCUUCUGACACAAGAGAGAGACCAUUACAAAUCCAUGAGCUGCAGUUUUAUCCAGGUGACUGUCACUACAUAAACAUAACAAAUUCACUGCUGGAACUGAGUUAGCCAACACUUACAGAGCACAUAUGAAGGAAACUUUGUCAGCCACCUGAACGCUGCUUAGAUGCAGUUUGCGACCCAAGCUGCCGAAGCGAUUCAUCGUGUGACUGCCUUUGUCCCACCCCAUGAGAACCAGCAAUGUGCCGUUUAGCUGGGGGGGUGGUCCGGAGGGAUCAGCCAGGCGUACGAAGCCUUCCGAAGGGGCUGAGAGGCUCACAAGGAUUUCAGGAAAUAAACCCUUCCCUCCUCUUACUGGCAAGAGCAGGAGUUUUUGACAUGAGUUGAAGUUGAGGUAGUCAAAUGAAGUGGAUAUUUUGCACUGUUAUUUGUGUCUUGGGAAUGAAUACAAGAGAAAAUAUUGAUUUGUUCAGAGAAAGAUGCUACACAAAGGGAAAGAUUAAAGAAUGUACUGCCUUUGGCCAUGCAUAAACUGUUAGUUUGUAGGCUGUGUUUCCAUUUUAGCCUUAAAACUCAAUUCAGCUAAAUAAAGUAUCCCUUUAACAUCUAAUGGAGACAUCUAAACAUCUAUCAUGUUUAAGGAGGCAAGUUCCUUAAAAGGUUAUAAAGACAAAAUGAGUAGUAAUAGAAGUAUUUAGUUAGGCUUUCAGAUGGCUUUGUUGCCUUCCUCUGCAUACAAAACAGGCUGCCUCAGCUGACACUUGUUUUAAUGAGGGAUGAACCACAACGAUGUGCUUUUGUACAAAUUCAUUACAUUGGGUCCUCCAGCCUCUCAGGGCACACCAUUCAUCCUGGACAUCGGAUGAAACUGGACCAAUAUUGAAUCAUUUACAGAGACAUAUAAAAUCCAAAGAAUUUCUGAUGCUGAAGACAUUUGGAUGUAUGCUCAGGCAUGUUAUUGCUGGAGAGGAUGAGAAUCUGCCCAGAGAGCCAUGAUCCUUCACACUUUUAUCAAUCACAUUUUAUUUUUUAUCAAUUCACUUCUCCCUGGGACUGGUUUUAAAAAUAGCCUUCCACAUCUUAUGCCAGCAAAGGCCAGAGAAGCAAAGGAUGUGAGCCUCAAGUUUAAAGGUUGACUUCAAGGCAAAGAUCCAACCUCUGCCCUUAGCCUCCAGGUCAGCUUCUCUCUCCAGAGAUAGCUCUCUAUUGUGGUUUUUAAUAGUGUUUAAAGUACUAAUAUUCUUCAUCCAUGUUGUGGAAAAGCAGUGGAUUCUCAUGUUCGCUGAAAGGUGCUCUACCUUUAUGUAAAGCUACCUUCUUUUAAGCACAAGUAUUAUGAAACCCACUGGAACCCAAAAAGAGUAAUGGAACAUUUUUCUAAAAUGUCAGGCCUGUACAUCUUCCAACUUCUGUGAUUCAGAAGCAGCAUAAAAGGCCAUAAACCAUUCAACUUCUGUGAUUCACUGCCCUGAUUCAUACACUUGAUACAAAUAUUCAGAGAUCAAAGUGGUACCUACCCCCCCAAAAAGAUUUAACAUUUUUUUUUAUUGUUUGCCAUAAAGGUGGACUUGUAGCUAAAGCAUUAUUCUCCUGACUGAUAUUGGCUAUUUUAGGUAGCAAGUCCCCUGCAGUAAAGAUUGACACUUUCUUUAAGAAUCAUAUGGUGUAGUACAUAAAGCAACGUACUCUGCAGAGGUGUUUCCUCCCUGACCUAGGCUGAAUAUGAGACACUUUUCACUCAGCGGUUUUCUGGGCAAAAGUUUCCAGGGAAUUAAAAAAGGAUGGAAACUUCUUCCCCUUGAAGAAAUCUGGAAGCUCCCCUAAAACUUCUUGUAUUAACUUUACAGUAGAUUAAGGUGUUAAACUGGCAUGUGUGUACCAACGGGGGAGUGAUCCUUUUAAGUCCUCUGCUUCAUCCCCACUUGUGGAAUUUGUUGUGCCAGUGGGACGAGGCUGGCUAUAAAACCCCGGUGCAGGGGACCUCCAUCCCGCUCAGGCAGCCUGCCACCGCAUCUCUGCUGAGAGCAGCCCCGGGGAGAUCCCCCCUUCAUCUCCUCAGCCCCGGGGAGAUCCCCCCUUCAUCUCAGCCCCGGGGAGAUCCCCACUUCAUCUCUGCCAGGCGGGCGGCCGUGUCGCCGAGGAGGAUGGAGGCGAGGUUCGCCCGGAUGCUCUGCGUGCUCUGCCUGGUUGUGACGGUCCGAGCGUUUACCCAGGAAGGGUUCAAGGAGGUGUUGCUGAAGCAGCUGGGGCUCUCUGAGGUCCCUAAACUUCAUAAGAGGGACUUGGUGGAUCUGGUUAUCCCAGACCACGUAAAGAACAAAUACAUCUCCAUGCUGAAGCGCCAGAGGGUGAAGCGCCGAGCUUUGCCGAGCCUGGCUGGCAUCCUCAGGGGGAUCCCUGGCAACGCAGGCAUGGCGGGAGAAGUUCUCUACUCUGACACCACCACGCGCCAGAACCUGAUCUUUGACAUGGAGGGCAGAAUACCUAAAAACAGUGAAGUGACAAUGGCUGAACUGAAACUCUUCAAAAAGCCUCUGGACAGAACAAACCUGCCUGCCAAACAGUCUCACAGGCCCGUCUCCAACGCCAGAGUCAGCGUGUACUGGGUGCAACGGCAGCACGAUGGUACCAACAGGACCUCCCUGAUCGACUCCAGGCUGGUUCCUAUACGUGAGUCGGGCUGGAAGAACUUUGAUGUGACACAGGCUGUGCAUUACUGGCUGCAAAACAAGAGGCGGGAGCCAAUGUUCCUGGAGGUCUGGAUUGAAGGAGAAAGGGUAGGCAGCCAUGCCUCAGAAAUGGCCAAAGCCGUGCGUUUCACCUCUCAGGACCCCAAGGACAAAGCCCUAGGCAAACCUGAACUGGUGCUUUACACCCUCGACUUGGAAGAUUAUGGGGGCCCCGGGGACUGCGGGGAGCAGGCGGUGACGGGGAAGUCCACCUGCUGCCGGCAGAAACACUACAUCAACUUCCGCGAGCUCGCCUGGACGCAGUACUGGAUCAUCGAGCCCGCAGGGUACCAGGCUUACCGGUGCUUGGGGGGCUGCCUGCAGCCCCCCAGCCCGCUGCGGCGUUUCGGCUAUGGGGAGCGUGCCUGCGCCGUGGCGGAGAGCUCCCCGCUCCCCGUGAUGUACCUCGUCAAGAGGGGCAACCGCACCGAGAUCGAGGCGGCCGAGUUUCCCAACAUGAUCGUCGAGAAGUGCAGCUGCGUCGCGGACGGCAUGGCGCUGGUGUGAGACACAGGCGGCCGGACGGGGAUGUCACCCAGCCCCCUGAUUCCCCACAGCCCUGCCCAGAGCCACCCCGGGGCCAGCGAUAAAUCUCCUGGGGGGACCCCCAGAUACCCACCUGCAAGGGUGAGCAGCAGCUGGGGUGACAGCGCUCCCACGCACUCCGCUACCCUGCGGGGAGGGUGCACUUAAAGGCACUGUCCAUAUAGGUGGGCUCAGAGGGGCAUCCACCUUCAUAUCCAUUGGCAUGAGGGGUACCUAUGGAGCCUAACGCUUCUUGGGGGCCCCCUUGCUGCUAACCAGAUUUCAUUAAAUGUAAGCAAGCUGCAGCGAAUUUAAUUCAGCCCCCACCCCAGAUUAUUGAGAACAGCUACAGGCAAAGGAGUGAUCACCACCAGGUGAGGAAGUAAUGCCUGGGUUCAGCUUUUCAUUCUUAGACCCCUGGUUUUGGUCCUUGUCCAAGUCAUGUUUAUGGUGAAUUGGAGAGCAGAAGCACUUACAUGUAUAUAUUGUAUACACACACACACACAUACACACAUGUACAUAUAUAUAUAGUAUAUGAAUAUAUGU